AUGCCUGGGGCUCUCAGCAGGGAGAACCAGCCAGACAGAAAUCAGAUCAGGAGGAGCUGUCCUCGGGGUCUCCGCUCAGCUCCACAAACUGGCAAUGGGAGUCCCCAGAACCAUCCUCCUCUGCCUCUUUGGGGCUGUGUUCUGCCUAACAGCGUCCCAGGCCCGACAAUGCUACAACUUUCAACACAUCUACUUCGGGCCCUUUGACCUCAGCGGCAUGAAAUUCCACAAUGUCUCCUGUCCCCAUGGAUGCUCUGAGGCUGUCUUGUCCCUGGACACUGGGUACCGCGCCUCAGUGACCAUGGUACAGAAGGGCUGCUGGACAGGCCCGCCUACCGGCCGAAUGCUGUCCAACGACCACGCGCUGCCGCCCGACUACUCGGUGGUGCGCGGCUGCGCGACUGACUUGUGCAACGCCGACCUCAUGACCCACGACUCCAUCCCCAAUUUGAGCCCGGCGCCCAACCCGCCGACUCUCAGCGGCUUGCAGUGCUACGCCUGCUUAGGGAUCCACCCGGAGGACUGCACCCCGGAGAAGUCUCGACAGGUCCACUGUCACCAGGACCAAAGUGUCUGCUUCCAGGGCAAUGGCCAAAUGACCGUCGGCAAUUUCUCAGUCCCCGUGUACAUCAGAACCUGCCAUCGGCCCUCCUGCACCAUCAAGGGCACCUCCAGCCCCUGGACAAACAUCGACCUGCAGGGCUCCUGCUGUGAGGGGCACCUCUGCAAUAGGGACUCCGUGACCCAGCCCUUCACCACUGCCUCGGGCACCGCCCCUUCCCAGGCGCCCUUCCUCAUGGCCCCGCUCCUCAUGGUCCCCCUGCUGGUGGGCACUCUGGGAGGACCCCUUGUGCCCCUCUCUUAGACAGCCCCUCCGGCCUUUUUAUGAGCAGGAUGCUGGGGGCUGGCACGCACCCGCUUCUAGAAACUUCAGCCUCUGUAAUGUGGCUCACUGGGAAAUGAUGUCACACAAGAGUUGCACUCCUGUCUCUCUCUGCCACCACCCCCCACCCCACCACUUCCCUACCCCUGCCCUGCCCAUACCCGAUCAGCAGGCCUGGGAGACAUUGGGAAACAUCCCCAUCAUCCCAGGGUGGGGAGACACAGCCACAUCCUGGCCCACAU